GGCUCAGCGGCACAGGUCAACGGGGAAGAAAAGGGGCGGGAAGUGCCUUUCUGAAGGAGGGAGGGGAAGGCCCUGGAACCUAGCGCUGCCGCUGCCGCCGCCGCCGCCGUCGCCGCUGCCCGAGUCGGAGGAGGAGGAGAAGCCAGAAAGAAAAUGGCGGCCGUGGCUGCGGAGGCGGCAGCGACUGCAGCGUCCCCGGGGGAGGGGGGCGCCGGCGAGGCCGAGCCCGAGAUGGAGCCCAUCCCAGGCAGCGAGGCGGGCGCUGAGGCCGGCACCGAUCCCUUGCUUGUGACCGCCACCGAAGCCCUAGUGCUUGAUGAGGCAGACAGCAAGCCCGCGCCUCAGGCCGACGAGCCGCCGUUGCAGCCGCCGGGAGAGUCCGCCCGGAGUCCCGGGGCGGCGGGGCCCGAGCCUGAGCCCGGGAUGGAGUCCGACUCUCCGAGGCUCGAGCCUGAGGAGAAACCUCUCGACCGCCCUGAGGAGAGAGAACCUGAGGAGGAGGGGGAGGCAACGACAGCCCCGCAGGGACCGGAGCCCUCGACGCCGCCGCCGCCGCCGGAGGAGGGGAAAGAGCCGGCUCCUGAGGAACCCCCGCCGCCGCCUCAGCCCCAGUCUGCGGUCCCGGCGCUGGUCCCGCCGGCGGGCGGGGACUCGGCCGUGGCUCAGCUGAUCCCCGGCUCGGAGGUGCGGGUCACCCUGGACCACAUCAUCGAGGACGCGCUCGUAGUGUCCUUCCGGCUCGGGGAGAAGCUUUUCUCAGGGGUCCUCAUGGAUCUGUCCAAAAGGUUUGGGCCCCAUGGAAUCCCUGUGACAAUUUUCCCCAAAAGAGAAUACAAAGAUAAACCUGAAGCCAUGCAGCUCCAAAGUAGAUCAUUCCAAGAAGGGACAGAAAUCAAGUGUGACAUGAAUGGUGCUGGUCCUGAUGACCAUUCUCCCAUUCAGCCACCAGAACCUAGCCUUGCUAAAAGCCUAUGGACUUCUAAACCACCUCCUCUCUUUCAUGAAGGAGCACCUUAUCCUCCCCCUUUGUUUAUCAGGGACACAUAUAACCAAUCAAUACCUCAGCCUCCUCCUCGGAAAAUUAAACGCCCCAAAAGGAAAAUGUACAGGGAGGAACCCACUUCUAUAAUGAAUGCUAUCAAACUACGACCCAGACAAGUCCUGUGUGACAAAUGUAAAAACAGUGUUGUUGCAGAAAAGAAGGAAAUUAAAAAAGGUGGCAAUGCAAGUGACUCGUCCAAAUAUGAUGAUAACAAAAAACGAAGAAAUGAAAGUGUAACUACUGUGAAUAAAAAACUUAAAACUGACCAUAAAAUGGAUGGAAAAAACCAAAAUGAAAGUCAGAAAAGAAAUGCUGUGGUCAAAGUUUCAAAUAUUGCUCAUAGCAGAGGCAGAGUAGUUAAAGUGUCUGCUCAGGCAAAUACUUCAAAAGCUCAGUUAAGUACUAAAAAAGUGCUCCAGAGUAAGAACAUGGAUCAUGCAAAAGCUCGGGAAGUGUUGAAAAUGGCCAAAGAAAAGGCACAAAAGAAACAGAGUGAAACUUCCACUUCCAAAAAUGCACAUUCUAAGGUUCAUUUCACUCGGCGGUUUCAGAAUACCAGCUCAGGUUCCCUUCCACCCCGGUUGCGUUUGAAGCCACAAAGAUAUAGAAAUGAAGAAAACGACUCUUCUCUGAAGGCUGGACUUGAGAAAAUGCGGAGUGGCAAGAUGGCACCCAAACCCCAGUCUCGCUGCACCUCUACCCGCUCAGCAGGUCUCAACAAAUGGCAGCAUAUUACAUCAGACAGUGACGAGUCCUGCUGCUCCCUUACAGUGUCUGACAGACCACUGUGGAUUCAGAUUGGGAGCAUUGAAGUUAACAGUGAAACGGGCAGGUCUCACAAAGACAUUAGCGGCUGGCUGGUUUCAUGGAACUCACUGUAUGGCCACAAGAAAACAACAGCUCUUCAAGACUGAAGGAAAUUAAGAGACUGAUUUUUUCCCCCCUUUUUCAAAUCUUCAAGGAGUAAAUGUUAAGAGCUGCGACUGAGAUAGAUCCAUUAUACCUGUAAUGGGUACUUGUAAAUUGUAAAUUGUUCCUACUAUAUUAAAUUGAAGAAAAGUAUUAGGGGAAUAUUUGAUAAAACUUUUUUGCAAUAAAUAAUGCAUGAGAACAGGAGGAAAAUGAUAUGAAGUACACAUGCAAAGACUCACUUGAAUUUUAAAUCUGAAGAAUAACUGACAAGACUUCUUUGAUUGUAAAAUUCUUAUCAGUCCAUUUAGACGCAAAUCCCUAAAGAUCAAGACGUGGGAUGCUGGCAGGAACUGUUAAGACUUUUGUUUUUCAUUCUCUACCUUCUUAGAUUUUGUUAGAUUUUGUGUUUUCUCCAAUCCUUAUGUUAGUCAAUGCAGAUAUGAGCAAAUGGUGCUUCUAAAAACUAUACUUGAAGCCGUAAGUCGGUUUAGCCAAGACCAAGGUUUCCUACUAGAGAGAUAAUGAACAACUUUACAUCUCCUGGGAAUUUUUCCCCCCCUAAAGCAGGGAUGUAGCAUUCUAAAUAGAAAGGGUUGCUUAUUAAGAAAUAUUAAAAUUUAUUUAUUUGCCACCAGUAUUUAACAUUUUGUGCACCUUUUAAUAAUUAAAUACCUUUUUUCUCCAAAUUAUAAAUAGGAGUAAGGAGGUGGCUUUUUCUCACUGGUGAGAAUUAGUAUUUGGGAAUAAAAAUGUGUACAGAAUUAACUUCUAUUUCUGUGGAGGGAUUUGAUGAUUUUCUUUACUUGAUGGUGGUUUCACCUCACUUGGAAAAUAAGGUUACUUUUUCUAGGUUUUGGAGAAGACAUCUAGAAAGAAUUUGGGGGAAGAAAUCUAUCCUGUCUAAAUGCAAGAAAAAAUUCCUACUACCAUCUGUAGGAGUUGAGCCUGUGGGAAGUCUGCAAGAAUGGACCCAUAGGGAUGGCUUCAAACCUUUCAUGCAUGGAGCAUGAAUCCCCUAAUGAUAGUGACCAUAGUUGUUUGGCUUUUUUUUUUCCUUUGGUAAGUAUGUAGAUAGAAAACCAUUUCUUCUCCCUACCCCCUUUUUCUUGAAUAAGAAAAGCAUAAUACACUAUGACAAUAACCAGAUGGACCUAUUAGAAGUACUAAAUUUCUAAAGCAAUUUUAUAUUUACUGGUGCCAUACUUUAUAAUAAAUGUGAAAUUUUUUAGUGGUAAUAUCAAAUUAUUUUUAAAACCAGAAAGAGAAUCUGUAGCACCUACUUAUAUAUACACACUAAAUACACAUGCACAUAUAUGUUUAAAACCCACCUCAUUUAAAACAACAUAUCAGAUAAUUGAGCAUUUAGCUCAAAUUACUUAAUUUUUCACAAUCCUGUAUGAAUUUGGAAAUUGGUUCUUUUGGUCCUUUAAUAAUGCUCAAUGCUCAGGAUGAAUAUUUAAGGUUCUGGGUAAGUUCUGGAGCAUUUAUUUUUGCAUCUCAAGAUAUAUCUGCUUUUUGCUUCUGGAAAGCUUAGAGAUCAAAAAACUAAUAAAAUUAAUUUUUUGAAUUUUGCCCUAGUCCUGGCCUCCUGGAUAUUUUCUGAUAUUACAAAUGUAUCCAUUUUGAUACAAUGGAAGGUAAGCUCAAGACCUGGAAGAGCAGGAAUAUUACGUAUUACAAAUGAAGUGCCCUGGCUAAAUAGUGACCAUUUUAGGAAAACAAUCCUGCAGUGAGUGCACUUCUGUACCUGCUUUCCUCCAGUUGGUCUCUUUCUCUCACCAGCAUUAAUUAAUAGCACCUACUAUUGGAGGCUUAGUCUGACACUUGCAGUUCUUUACACAGGCAGAACUCUGAAAGACUCAUUGUAUGGGGACUGCAAAUCAUGGUAUUUUAAGGGAGAAUAAGGAUUCUUUAUUUGGGGAUGGGGUGGGGGAAAAUGAACAAAUAGUAAAAUAAAAGAAACUGACAAAUUAGUUACUAAAGUUACUGAAGCUGUUUUACUGCAAACCUGAUUUUCAUUUUUUUCUUUAAAAAUGAAAUUCAGUGAUAUUUAAAAUGUAGAUGUACUGUAUUGUUGGUUUUAAUUUUCUUUGCUUUAGUUGCUUAAUAUUUAAGCUUUGCUUCAUGCUAACUUUUAUCUGUAUUUUAAAUGGUCACAUACAUAUUUCAUUUUAGACUUGAAUGGAAAAAAUGCAUCACCUCUCAAGUUUGCUCAGAGUUUAAUGUUAAAAGAAUGUCAUGUAACAUUUAUUCCAAUAAAGUCUUGGAUUUUUUAUAUUUAGAAAUUUAAA